AUGGAAUCGAGAAUAAGUGAAUCUAAUGAGCUACUUAAUGAUGAUAGUGAAAAUAUUCAUGAGGCUGUUGCUACUGCUUCUUCUGAACAUCAACCACUUGCAGCACAAAAUACUACAAACUUGUUGCAUGCUUUUCAUCUAUUUGAUGCAUUAACUUCAUAUUCACAAUUGCAUCAAUAUUAUUAUCGUCCAUAUUCAUUUUUAAUUCCACCAACAAGUCCUACUUGGUCACCAAAUGCUUCAAUUUAUCAUCAACAAAUGUACAAUUUUGGUUAUCCUUAUUAUCAGCAUGGAUCAAGAUUAGACCAAAAUACAUUGAAUUCAUCGAAUAUAACUGAAAUGACUGAAGCAUCUCAACAAAAGGAAAUUAUUUGUAAAUAUUGUAAUCGAGUAUUUACCACGGCAUAUAAUUUAAAGGUCCAUAAGAGAAUACACACAAAUGAGCGUCCUUUUGUUUGCAUUAUUUGCGAUAAAAGUUUCAGUCGGUCUGAUCAUUUAAAACAUCACAAAUGUAUUGAUAACGAUUUAAAAACCUUCAAAUGCUCAUAUUGUGAUAGAGAAUUUAGUCAUCAGCGAUCAUUGGCCAUACACAAAGUGAUACAUUUUAAACAGGCACCAUAUAAAUGUUCCAUUUGUGAUUCUACCUUCCCACAACGAUUACAUUUGAAGAAACACAUGCGAAUUCACAAAAUAAGUAAAAAUAAACAGCGAGAACAGUCAUCCGAUGUUCAAAUUUUGAAUUCAUCCUCGUCAGACGAAUGUGGUCCAAAACAAUCUGAUAAUAAAAUGAAUAAAAAGUCAUGUGGAUUUACAAUUGAUGAAAUUAUGAAACAUUAA